CAGAGGGCUCAGAGGUCAGAGAAGCUCUCUGUCGGGCAGUCAGCUGACAGGCGGCGGAUGCUCUGAGAUGUGGACCUGGUAGGAAGGAUGCUGCACGCGGAGGAUGACGCGUGGACUCAAACAUCUGUGACCUCCACCUCGGUGGACUGAUCCUUAGAGUUGAAGAUGGCUUCGAUGAGGAAGAGGUUCUCUUCCUCCUCAGUCGAAGAAGACGGUAUAAGCCUCUGUGGUAGCACUUCCUUUUCUACAUUUGAUCUAACCAGUGAAGAAGAACACCCCUAUGCAUCUUUGCUCUGCUGCCACAGCAUCCAAGACUCUCUGCUGAGCUCUAACAGCAGCUUUACCGGAUACAGAGGCAUCCUCAACUGGAUCAUCAUCCUGCUGGUCCUGACUCAUGCUCACCUGUUCUUGGAGAAUUUCAUACAACAUGGAUUUUUGAUAGAUGUCAAAAAGGUUUUGGGUCAUCUGAUUGAGGACAACUGCAACUGGCCGUCAGUCAUCCUCAUUCUGGCUGCCAACACGUUUGCUCUGAUAGCUUUGCUUCUGGAGAGAUCCCAGGAAAAGGCAAUGCUGUCUCUCUCCAACGCUCAUCGUUUACACCUUACUAAUCUGGGGCUGCUGGUUCUAUUUCCUGCUGCUGUCAUCGUACAUGAGCCUGCAAUGUCAACAGGUGGAGCAUUUUUCUCUCUCUUGUUCUACACUAUUCUGGGGAUGAAGCUUUAUUCGUACCAGGAAACUAAUCGUUGGUAUCGUCUGGCUCAUUUAGAGAAAGAUCAGAAUGGACCUGCAUCACAGAAACACCACAAUGAGCAUCUGACAUUCAGAGAGCUCUAUUAUUUCCUCCUCGCCCCCACUCUGUGCUUUCAGAGAGGCUUCCCCUGCUCUCCUAAGGUCCGCAUUAACAAGCUGCUUCACAGGCUGCUAGAAAUGGUGGUGGUUGUCCAGAUCAUGGUUGGCAUUGUGCAGCAGUGGAUUGAACCCAUCUUCCAGAGAUCAGAAAUCUCAUUCUCUAGCAUGGCCAUCACUACGAGGGUGGAGCAUCUCGUGGGACUGGUGGCACCGACCCACUUCCUCUGGCUCCUCUUCUUCUUUUUGACUCAUUCCUACCUGAACUUCUGCGCAGAACUGCUGCGCUUUGGUGAUCGCCAUUUUUAUGGAGACUGGUGGAACGCUACAACUUUGAUUGCUUUCUGGAAGAACUGGAAUAUUCCCUUUCAGAGGUGGUGUCACAGACACAUCUACACUCGUCUGGUGGAGAGGAAUGUUUCCCCAUCACAUGCUGAGUUGCUGGUUUUCCUGAUGUCUGCUGCCCUUUGUGAGUAUAUGAUUGCUCUGCCCCUGCAUAGCUGCCGUCUGUGGAUCUUCCUCAUGAUGGUGUUUGAGCUCUUGGUUGCGGUAUUCCUCCAGAACUAUUUCCAGGGAAACUAUGGCAACGGUUUAGUGUGGCUGUUCCUGCUGCUGGGCCCUCCUCUAGCUGUGACCACUUACUUUCACGACCACUACGUCAGCCUCCACAUUAACCGUCAGCAUCGCCCGUCACAGUCGCCACUGACAUCAGAGCGGAGAGUUUUCCUGCAGCUUCACUGACUGAGUGAAGGCAGUCUAGCAGAUAUUCCUACACUUUUGCAUUUAUGACUGGACUGAGAAUUCAUCUGUGAGGCAACGCUGCACAUGCCUGACGUUCCACUUUAGCAAUACAUAUUAUUCUGUGUACACCAAACCUGAGUUAUGCUACUAUGCAUACACAUCAUGCUGAUAAUAUUGGAAUAAAUGACUAUUUAAGGUUUCUUUAUUUAAAUUUGUUCAUUCAUGCUUUCUGAAUGUGGACAGCAAAGUGAGGUGGUGACUCAGCUGCAAUCAGUUUGUAAAGGUCUUCCUGAUGUGACCAUUCCUGCUGUAAUCAAGGUUGCUGCUAGGACACCGCCACAUCAACGUGUGGUUAAGAGGCCUUCAUUUAUAUAAGUUUACCGAAUCACAAGAACCACAGACUGCCUUUUCUUAUGUGAGUGUGCACAGAAUCCAAAGCAGAAAGCGAAGUUCAACAGAAAGUUUAUAACUUCCAUCAUGAUACUUGUUAUCUCUGACUGAGGUUUUAGGUUUUGUCGAGGCAGCUAACACAAAGAUAGACUGGCGCUGUUGAAUUUUGUUUGUAGUAUACCCCUCUGAUUGUUACUUGUUCAGGCUAUCAUUUUCAAAUAAAGCCAUCUGAGUUGCUUAGCCUCAUCUCAUCUCCUUGUCC